GACACACCGCGCAUUCUGUAUUAUUCACUGAAAACCACCUUCACUCGUACGUUGCCAUUUUCCGUUCAUUCCCACCACAAUCGCUGGUGGGAUUUUCCGCGGCGUGGGCACACUACUGCUGGAAAACGAUACUGGUUGCAUUUGGCUUUUCCCUUUUUUUCCUUCCUGGCCCAUCCUCGUGCAAAAGGGUAAAAUUUAUUCACUUUCCCUCCCCACGAGUGCGUGCACUGGCAAGAAGAAGUAACGGAAAUUUAUUGCGAUUCCCGCUGGAAAAAGGAAGAAAAGAAAAAAAAAUCGCGUGGUGUUAAUUAGUCCCGAGGUCGUAAAGUGUUUACGUGGAAAAUUCAUAAUCUUGCCCCCGGGGCGGUGGGAGUUACAAUGUUUGUUGUGCUUGGAUGUCAAUUUACAGCUCUCUCUCUCUCAUCGAGUGUGGCGAGAUGGAGAUUUGAUGGUUUGAAUCCCGUGCGCAAAAUUUGAUACGAUCGAUCGCGGUUUGUUGGCUGGCAAAGUAUAAAUAAUUUUAACUGUAAAUGUGCCACAACACUUGAAAGGGGCUGUGAGUGAGUAAUUGAUAUUGGGAUCGAUAAACACAAAAAUCCAAAACCGUUCGUCGUUGGAGUGGAGAAAAGUGAAGACUGGUUUAUUAUUAGAAGAAAAGCUGUACAUAUUUACGGUAGUCAUUGUAUCAAUGUGCGUAGUUAUUGGGUGGUGUUAGUUAAAGUUUAAAAAAAAUCUACAAAAUUUAACUGCAGUCUAGUGUAAUUAAAACUGUGUCUCUUUUUUGUUGAUCAUCGCUUAAAAAGUUGUUACACGUCGCUUUUAACGAGUUGUAGGAUAAAACCAACCAAAUAUUAAAUUUAUACAAGUGUAAAGUUAUCGUUGAAUCCAGUUACCACAAAACAAAAAAAUCAAAUUAAGAUCAAUUCUGAAAUAAGUAGUCAGUGCUAGGUGAGCCUCGUCGUCAUGGCCCAGUUCGUGACGCACAUCCAGCCGACGCUGAUGGAGGCCUCCCAGGGGCACAUGCCGCACCACCAUGGCCACCAGGUGGGCAUGCAGCACUCGUCCCAUCUGCCCCACAGUGGCCACAAUAUGCCGUCCCCUCCGACGGGGCACCACCAUCACUUGCACGGUCACGGGCACGGCCACCACGGGGCGAUCGCGCGCAGUGCCAGCCGGGAGAUUUCCAACGGCAAGUCCUCCAAGUCGCACCACUCAUCGUCGGGCGGUGGCCACCAUCACCAGCAGCAGCAGCAGCCCCUUUCGCCGAAACCGGCGGAAUCUUCCCAGCAGCAUCACCACCACCAUGCCGGGGCGCAUGAGCUGCAGCAGCAGUACCAUCAGCAGUACAGCCAUCAGCUGGCCCAGUAUCAGCACCAACACUACCAGCAUGGGCACCAGCAGCAUUUGGGUUCCGGUGGCAGUGCCGGAACGCACCACGGGCAUCAUCAUUCCAGUUCGGUGAGUGAAUCGAAAUCUCAAAUACAGUUUAGACAUCUUAUGAAGUAUUCGAGGAGACUGGCAUCAAAUUAUUUUUUUUAUUUUGCAUUUUUUGACACAACGUGGAGAGGCAGUAUUGCGAGUAUCUAAAUUGAUUGGUUACUAUUUAAAAUGAAUGUCCUUUGUCAUUCUGGUCAUGUCUGUAACAUAAAUAGGGUUAGUGAUUUUUCACGGCAAAAAAAUCGGCAUGCCAAUUACAAAACAUUGAAAUUUCACGACAAUUUCACAGUACUCUCAAACGUGCUUAAAAUGAACGUUAAAAUGUAAACUUUUAACAAAAUUAUUAUCAGAAAAGUGUCCUAAAAGUUAGCAGUAGUUCUAGAUACUAAAUAAAACCCUCUGUCACAAUUUAUUUAUUUGAAAAAGGAGUAUUGGAUUAAUGUCGGGAAAUUUUGCAGAAUUUUCGUCAGUUGAAUCCUAGAUUAUUUUUAUUAGGUCUUACAAACAAAUGUAAACAUUGAGUGUAUCCCGCUUACUCUAAUGAACGUUGACUCAAGGUGUGAAAGGGAUACACUCAAUGUUAACAUUUGUUUAUAGGACCCAAUAAAAAAAUCAUGAUGAUCGUAUGAUUCAGCUGUUUUAAUUUUAUUGAGAUUUUAUUAAAUAAAUUUGCUUAUAAACCUCCAAAACGAAGCACGUCCU